AAACUCCCCUGUUGCUCAACACGCAUUAAGUUUGCGGACUGAAGCAGCAACAACAGAAGCUCCUCCCUUUCAGCACAUCUGGAACAGUGGAAAAGUGGAGAGACAUAUACCAACAACUCUAUUUGUAUCACCAGGAUAAAGUCCUACAAUUCGGGUCAGUAAGAGAAGCUACUUUUAAAAAGUGCAACUCCUCCACCUUCCUUUGAAACGCUGGUUUCCUGAACACACCCCAGUGCUGCAUUUCUCCGAUCAGGGAGUCAAACUUCAACCUGUCCAUCAUCACUGACUGACUGCCUCUACUAACUGCAGGAUGCAAUUAGGAGGAGGAAACAAGUGUGGCCGCUGUCAGAAGACGGUUUACUUUGCAGAAGAAGUACUCUGUGACGGGCGGAGCUUCCACAAGUCCUGCUUCCUCUGCAUUGUGUGUAGGAAAAACUUGGACAGCACUACUGUAGCUGUUCAUUCGGAUGAAAUCUACUGCAAGGCGUGCUACGGCAAGAAGUGCGGUCCAAAAGGCUACGGUUAUGGCCAGGGAGCAGGGACACUCAGCAUGGACAGGGGAGAGUCUCUGGGCAUUACACAAGACGAACCUGCUCCCCAUCGACCGACCAGCAACCCAAACCCGUCCAAGCUGGCUCAGAGGUUUGGAGGGUCCGAAAAAUGCCCUCGCUGUGGCAAGGCCGUCUACGCUGCUGAGAAAGUGAUUGGAGCUGGGAGUGCGUGGCAUAAGUCUGGAUGCUUCACCUGUGUCUCGUGUGGGAAGAGCCUUGAGUCGACCACGCUAGCUGAUAAUGAUGGAGAAAUCUACUGCAAAGGCUGUUAUGGCAAACACUUUGGCCCCAAGGGAUUUGGGUACGGAAUUGGAGCCGGGGCGCUGUCACAUACUCAGUAGAGACCUCAGGGAUCUUCGUUGACAGGUUUCCAGAAAGCUGCACUAUUGUCCGCUACCUACAGAGGGCAUACUGCUGCCAGUAAACAUGCACCUGACAGACACAUGCUUGAUACAAAAGCUGCAUUCUAAACUUAAACAAAAGGGAAAUGUAACACCAUUUCUGCCUCAUAAAGGUCAAAGAUGAUUACUAGUGCUGUAACAGUAAAUAUUGAUACAUAACCCAUACUGAAAUGUAAUCUUUCUGUUUAACUAUCUGCUCUAACUUCUUUUAUCAUAUUCAUAGAGUAAAUACUGCUUUUUUGUAUGUUAUGCUUUUCUCACUGUAUAAUAAUAAAUAAAGUUAAAAGAUUUGA